AUGGGUCGCCGGCCGUUCAAGUGCUACAGGCAGAUCAAGAACAAGCCGUACCCCAAGUCGCGGUACUGCCGCGGUGUGCCGGACCCGAAGAUUCGCUUCUUCGACUCGGGCAACAAGACGGCCAACGUCGACGCCUUCCCCUGCUGCGUGCACAUGGUCUCUUGGGAGCGCGAGCAGAUUUCCAGCGAGGCUCUCGAGGCCGCGCGUAUCGCUGCCAACAAGUACAUGGUGACCAACUCCGGCAAGGAGGCCUUCCACCUGCGCGUUCGCGCGCACCCGUUCCACGUGCUGCGUCACAACAAGAUGCUCACGUGCGCCGGCGCGGAUAGGCUGCAGACAGGCAUGCGCAACGCGUACGGCAAGCCCCUGGGCACCUCUGCCCGCGUCCGCAUCGGCCAGAUCCUCAUGUCGAUCCGCUGCCGUGACUCCCACGCCAAGGUCGCGGAGGAGGCCAUGCGUCGCGCCAAGUUCAAGUUCCCGGGCCGCCAGAAGAUCGUCACCUCGAGCAACUGGGGCUUCACCAAGUACUCGCGCGAGGACUACCUGCAGUGGAAGGCCGAGGGCCGCAUCGUGAGCGAGGGUGUGCACGCCAGCGUGCUCGACAACCACGGGCCCCUGGCCAAGCGCGAGCCCGACCAGAUCUUCGCGGAGCCCGCCAUGAUCGCCAACACGCCCAACCACUAA